AUGAAGCCAACCUCAAACGCCGCCUACCGUUCGGUAUUCCUGGCGUCGCUGCUCUGGGGUCCUCGCCUCUGCGCUGCCUCCCCUCAGCCUAUUUUCUCGUCGGAUCCUGAGACUAUUGAUACUUAUAUCGACUGGUGGAACAAUACAGACGACAGCAGCUCCUAUGAGGAGUUCAAAAAAUGGAAUCCGUCGCUCAGUCUCGACUGUGAACCGUGGCGCUUUCCCCUAUCCUACUGCGCGGCUAGAGGCUGCUACCCGGAUGAUGGCCCCGAGUAUUCCGUUCUCGAGCGCAUGGUGAGCGAGGACGGGGGCGACUCGUCUCUGGAUAUCGAAAGCUGCGAGGACUUAUGCUGGAAGGCAUCCGUGAACGGCACCGUCCUCUUCGCCGGUGUUAAGGACGGGAAUCAGUGCUGGUGCAGCCCGUUUGUUGGUGGAGAGUCCGGCAAUAAGGAGCAGAUUUACGGUGGUAAAGACUACAUCGACGUCUUUGAGCCUGUCACCACCUCUGCCUCUCAGUCCGAGACCACUACGGAUACUACUGCUACGGAUACUGCUACGGAUACCACUACGGAUACCACUACGGAUACCACUACUCAAGUAGCGUCCUCGUCCGCCGUACCGACUACGGAGGAUUCCGGGGCGAGACGCCGUGCUGCGCUUCUCUGGUAA